CGAAUUGGAACUUCGUCAAAAAACCACCCUCUUAACGUUGUGCAUGGGGCAACGAAAUCCAUUUAUUCUUACUGUUACCUGGCUAGCGGUGUACUGUAUCAUUCUAUGAAAAUUAUACCGGAAAAACUUAUGAUGAGUCACAAUGGUAAAGAAAUCUCGAUUAUGCGAUGGAAUAUAGGAUUGUUGGUUUAG